CACACAAAAGGAACUUGGCAAUCGAGUCACCCUGAUAAAAACCAACCUCACCCUCUUCCUCUUCUGAUUCCCUCAGCCCACAAAGAAGAUAAUAAUAUUUACUAUCAACAAUGGCCACUGUCACCUCCGCAGCUGUUGUUAUCCCAUCUUUCACUGGCCUUAAAGCAAGUGCAUCGACAGCCAAAGCGAUGAGUUCCAGUGUCAAGGUUUCAGCUUCAGCCUCAACUGUUCCUAGAAUGAGUAGUGUUGUGAAGGCCUCACUCAAGGACUUCGGUGUUGCCGUUGCGGCCACAGCUGCUAGCGCAAUGCUUGCUGCCAGCAAUGCCAUGGCCGUUGAGAUUUUGCUCGGUGGCGAUGAUGGGUCAUUGGCUUUUGUCCCAGACUCCUUCUCUAUUAGCUCUGGAGAAAAGAUUGUGUUCAAGAACAACGCUGGGUUCCCGCACAACGUGGUGUUCAAUGAGGAUGAGAUUCCAAGUGGUGUUGAUGCUUCGAAAAUCUCCAUGUCUGACGAGGACCUGCUGAAUGCCCCGGGAGAGACUUAUGCUGUUACUUUGACUGAGAAAGGAGAAUAUUCUUUCUACUGUUCCCCUCACCAGGGAGCUGGCAUGGUGGGAAAGGUGACUGUGAACUAAGUGUCCAUCAAUGAAGACUUUGUUUCUUUGUUUUCCUUCUUUUUUUCCCAGAUUGAUGGUAAAUUGAGUGAGUCUACGAGUAUCAUACUAUCAUUGUUGGGGGACGAGAGACUUGUAUGUGAUGUUCAAAACCAAUAUAUGCUUUUGUAAUUUUCAUCUA